AUGGUGUCGAAUUCCCGCCUCUUCCUCCUGGUACUAGCCGCAGUACCCUUUUCAUUUUCCAGCUUCACGAUCAGGCAGAGAGAUAAUGUCCCAACACCAGCUUUGCCGUCUUCCGCACUAUCCACUGCUGCUCAACCCAGCUCUGCAUUCACAGCGGCUGCGCCAAUACCGUCAUAUGGUUGGGUGUCAGAGGUAGGCGGUACAUAUGGUAAUGUCGUCUUACGCAACAACUGUAAAGAACAACUCCAUUUGUGGUCAGUAGGUGCAAGACUCAUGCACGGUCCUCGUACCAAUAACUCUUGGAAUGCCUAUGAGGACAGCCUUAUGAAGAUCAUCAAACCAAAUGAGAACUACACCGAGCCAUUUCGAGUCACCUGUCCCCCCACCACCAACAAAGCCGAUGUAUACUGCCAAGACCACGAUAAGUUGCGUGGCCAGGGCGUCUCUAUCAAAGUCUCAAGGAAUACAACUAUUACAGAUAUUUUGCAACUCGAAUACGCACUCGUGCAGAAUGCACUUCAGAGCACCACACACCAACUCAUUUACGAUGUCUCGCUGCUAGACUGUGCAGACCCUGGUGUCAAUGCUACCAUCACCGACGCUACUGCUACGACGGAAAAUCAGAAUGCCAAACUCAAAGUCUGCCCUGGAUAUCAGAACGGGCUCUCGGUGAAGUUCGACCCAGAUCCGGGAGCGACUGUCUGUCCGCCAAUCCAAUGCACGGGCAAGGAGGAGCCGGUGUGCACCCAGAUCUACAAUUUUGAUAGGACGAGAAAGGGUGAGGCGACAAUGGCGUGUACGAAGGAGUACAAAGGGAGCAUGAUUCUAGAUUUGUGUGCUGGUCAUUAG